AUGGAGCAGAAAGAGGAGGAAUUCAUAACUUUUCAUCUCAUAUCUUGUCAUUUUGGAUUCAGAAAAAAACAAGAUGGGUGUUGGAAAGAUAGUAUCUAUUCUCCUGAUUCUGAUAGUGCUGCAUACAACAGUGGAAUCAACAACAAUGGCCGCACCGACAACAACGGCUGCACCGACAACAACGGCCGCACCGACAACAACGGCCGCACCGACAACAACGGCCGCACCGACAACAACAGCCGCACCGACAACAACAGCCGCACCGACAACAACGGCCGCACCGACAACAACGGCCGCACCGACAACAACGGCCGCACCGACAACAACGGCCGCACCGACAACAACGGCCGCACCGACAACAACGGCCGCACCGACAGCAACAGCCGCACCGACAACAACAGCCGCACCGACAACAACGGCUGCACCGACAACAACGGCUGCACCGACAACAACAGCCGCACCGACAACAACGGCUGCACCGACAACAACGGCCGCACCGACAACAACAGCCGCACCGACAACAACGGCUGCACCGACAACAACGGCUGCACCGACAACAACAGCUGCACCGACAACAACAGCCGCCCCAACAACGGCUGCACCCACGACAACGGCCGCACCCAUAACAACGGCCGCACCCACAACAACGGCAGCACCGACAACAACACCUGCACCGACAACAACUGCAGCACCCACAACAACAGCCGCACCCACAACAAAUGCCGCACCCACAACAAUCGCACCAUCAACAUCGGGCGCACCGACGGCAACAGCCGCACCCACAACAACGGCCGCACCCAUAACAACGGCCGCACCGACGACAACAGCCUCCCCAACAACAACGGCUGCACCAACAACAACAGCUGUGCCGACAACAACAGCUGCUCCCACAACAUUUCCAGUUCCGACAACAACAGUCGCACCCACAACAACAGCCGCCCCAAUAACAAUUGCACCCACAACAACAGCCGCACCGACAACAACAGAAGCAGUCAUAGCAAAGCUAUUGACAUUCAGAUCUCAAGGAGAGACAUUUACAAGUGAUUUGCACGUUCCAUCAUCCGCAGCGUUUCAAAGUCGAGCCGUAUUGAUAGAGUCAACACUCAGACCUUUACUCAAAGAAGCUUUUCCUUCGUUCCGCAACAUCCGUGUGAUUUCAUUCAGUAAUGGAUCAAUCAUCCAAAACUCACUCAUUUAUUUUCCAUUGACAUCUGCUCCUACUGGCACUGAGAUUCGAAAAGUUUUGGUUGCAGCAGCUUGUAUCAUCAGAACCUUCAACAUUGACAACAACUCCAUUUAUUUUGAUGGCACACAGGUUUCAAGUGGAGUAAGCCACAACAUCAGUCUCAUCACUGCAUCCUUCCUUGUGCUGAUGUCAUGGAUCCUGUCAAGCCAGCAAUAGCGCCAUUGCUGAUUACUGUUUGAAUUUGCAUUAUUGCAUGACUGCCAUCACUAGCAUGAAAAAUGACUUCUUGAUUCUUGUCAAAGAAGUCUUGUACAGCGUCAGAUAUACUUACUAUCACAUUUCAUUUUGCAAUUACUGCACAUAUUUAAGACAGUGGAUUAGGUUUAUGUCAAUCUUAACACGUUUCUAGGUUUCACUUUAUUCCAUAUCAUUACAUUACAUUGCAUAGAAAUAUCAGAGAGCAUAUUGUAAAGGGAACAUGUGUCUAAAGUUAAUUAAAGGAACAACACUGCAGGUCAUCAUGAGUCGUGGAACCAACCGUGAA